AUGUGUGGCAUCUUCGGUUACUGUAACUAUUUGGUGGAAAAGUCGCGUGGUGACGUUAUUGACACGUUGGUCGAAGGGUUACAAAGGCUCGAGUACAGAGGAUACGAUUCGACGGGUAUUGCCAUCGACGGCGACGAACCGGAUUCGACUGUGAUCUACAAACAGAUCGGUAAAGUCAGCGCGCUGCAGAAAGAAAUCACGGCGCAAGAUCCAAACCGCGAUGUGACUUUUGUCUCGCACUGUGGGAUCGCCCACACCCGGUGGGCGACGCACGGUGAACCCAAACAGAUCAAUUGCCAUCCCCAAAGAUCUGACCGACAACACGAUUUUGUCAUUGUGCACAACGGGAUCAUCACCAACUUUCGGGAACUCAAGCAGUUGUUGCUGAACAAAGGCUACACGUUUGAAUCCGACACCGACACCGAGUGCAUUGCCAAAUUGUUCAAGCAUCUGUACGACACAAACCUCAAGAACGGUACCGAACUCGACUUCCAUGAACUUACAAAGCUUGUCUUACUUGAGCUUGAGGGUUCGUACGGAUUGUUGUGCAGGUCUUCCCAUUAUCCCAACGAGGUUAUUGCCACGAGAAAUGGGUCUCCUUUGCUUAUUGGGGUUAAAUCCGAGCGUAAGCUGCGUGUUGAUUUCGUGGACGUUGAAUUUCCAGAUGAUGAAAUUUUGCCCGAUAUUCCUUUGAACAGUACUCGUCAAGAGACGCGCAACUUGUUGCCUAUUGCCGCCAACGAGUCCGCUUUGAGACGGUCGCAAUCCCGCGCAUUUCUGUCCGAGGAUGGUGCACCUAACCCUGUUGAGUUCUUCGUGUCGUCUGACGCUGCGUCUGUGGUGAAACAUACCAAGAAGGUUUUGUUCUUGGAAGACGACGAUAUUGCCCACAUUUACGACGGUGAAAUCCAUAUUCAUAGGUCCAGAAGAGAAGUAGGUGCUCCAGCGACCAGAUCCAUUCAAACUCUGGAAAUGGAAUUGGCACAAAUUAUGAAAGGUCCUUACACGCAUUUCAUGCAAAAGGAAAUCUUUGAACAACCAGAAUCCACUUUGAAUACCAUGAGAGGUAGAAUUGAUUUUGAACAAAACAGUGUCAUGUUGGGAGGUCUGAAGUCUUGGCUUCCUGUGAUAAGAAGAGCACGUAGACUCAUUAUGAUCGCGUGCGGUACUUCCUACCAUUCUUGUCUCGCAACAAGAGCCAUUUUCGAAGAAUUAUCCGAAAUUCCCGUGAGUGUCGAACUCGCUUCCGAUUUCUUGGAUAGAAAGACACCCGUUUUCAGAGAUGAUGUGUGUAUUUUCGUUUCCCAAAGUGGUGAAACUGCCGAUGUGAUGCUGGCGUUGAAAUAUUGUAUUGAACGUGGCGCGCUCACGGUCGGGAUCGUGAACAGUGUCGGGUCGUCGAUCUCGCGUGUUACUCACUGUGGUGUCCACAUCAACGCAGGUCCCGAAAUUGGAGUGGCGUCUACUAAAGCGUACACUUCUCAGUACAUUGCUUUGGUCAUGUUUGCUCUUUCGUUGUCCGAAGACAGAGUGUCGAUGAUUGAGAGAAGAAAAGAGAUUAUCCAGGGUCUGAAGGACAUUCCAGGCCAUAUCAAGGAAGUGUUGACCAUGGAACCCCGCAUCAAAGAGCUGUGUGACAACGAAUUGAAAGAUCAGAGAUCGUUGUUGUUGCUCGGAAGAGGUUACCAAUUUGCCUCGGCGUUGGAGGGUGCUUUAAAAAUCAAAGAAAUUUCUUACAUGCACUCUGAAGGUGUACUUGCAGGUGAAUUGAAGCAUGGUGUCUUAGCACUUGUUGAUGAGGAUCUGCCAAUCAUUGCGUUUGGCACUAGGGACUCCUUGUUCCCCAAAGUUGUUUCGUCGAUCGAGCAAGUGCUGACCCGUAAAGGUCGUCCCAUUGUCAUUUGUAACAAGAACGACGACGUUUGGUCUUCAAAAGCUACAAACGACAAAUUAUUGACUUUGGAGGUUCCAUUAACGGUAGACUGUUUGCAAGGUUUGCUCAAUAUUAUCCCAUUGCAACUCACUUCUUACUGGCUUGCCGUCAAUAAAGGAAUUGACGUUGACUUCCCAAGAAAUCUAGCUAAAUCUGUCACCGUCGAGUAA